AUGAGUUCUACAGUGCUCAAUCCUAAAGCAUACUUUGACAUCUCAAUAGGAGGUGUUCGUAAAGGUCGUAUCGCGUUUGAGCUGUUCAAAGACGUUGUUCCUAAGACUGCGGAAAACUUUUUAAAAUUAUGUGAAGGUGGAUGUGGAAAUACCAAAUCAAACCCAAGUGUGGCCCUAUCAUACAAGGGCUCAAUUUUUCAUAGGGUUAUCAAGGAUUUCAUGCUUCAAUUUGGCGAUUUUACCAAUUUUGACGGUACAGGUGGCGAAAGUAUAUAUGGUGAGAAAUUUGAAGAUGAAAAUUUCACUUUGAAACACGACAGGCCCUUUCUUUUAUCUAUGGCAAAUGCUGGCCCAAAUACCAAUGGAUCACAAGCCUUCAUUACCUGUGUUCCAACGCCUCACCUGGAUGGAAAGCACGUUGUUUUUGGUGAAGUAAUCCAAGGUAAAAGAAUUGUUCGCCUAAUCGAAAACCAACAAACAGAUAAGGAGAAUGAUAAACCUUUAAGAGAAGUUAAAAUCGAUGAUUGUGGGCUCUUACCUAAUGAUUAUAAAGUUCCAGAGAAUGCGGAAGAAACCCCGACAGAUGCGUAUGGCGAUAAUUACGAAGACUCAUUAAAAGAUGAUUCUAAGGUUGAUCAGAAUGACGUUCAAAGUGUUCUUGGGGCGAUAAAUGAAGUCAAAGCGAUCGGAACUGAGCAAUUCAAGCGUGGAAAUUACUCAGUUGCGGUAAAUAAAUAUGAAAAGUGCGAUAAAUUCUUGAAGGAGUAUUCACCAGCAGAUUUAUCAGAGGAAGCAUUGGAAGAGAUCAAUCAAUUAAAAGUAUCCGUGCCACUAAAUAUUGCUCUUUCUGCCCUCAAAAGUAAGGAUUAUCAAAAAGUUCUUGUUGCAGGGUCAGAGGUUUUGUACGCCGAGGCCGCUGAUUCAAAGGCUAAAGCCAAGGCCCUUUAUCGUAGAGGCCUAGCUUAUAAUGCUUUGAACGAUCCAGAUAUGGCAAUGAAUGACCUAGAAAUGGCAACAACCUAUCAGCAAAACGAUUCAGGAAUCCUGAAAGCAGUUGAAGAGGUCAAAGCCAAGAAAAAACAGCUCAACGCAAAGCAGAAAAAGUCUCUUUCGAAAAUGUUCUCUUGA